UCCCAACAAACCCACAACACACCAUGGAUUCCUUAGCACGGUUUGUCGACUCUCUCGGCAUCCAUAUCGAUGCUGAAUCUAUUUUCGGCAAAGUUGUACUCUCCACAAUUUUGUGCGCAGGCCUCUACACCAUCAGCAAGCCUAUUCUCAGCUUCAUCCGCGUCUUGUUGAGCUUGUUCGUUCUUCCGGGUAUUUCCCUGUCUAGAUUCGGCCCCAAAGGCUCCUGGGCCCUCAUCACCGGCGCGUCUGAUGGCAUUGGCAAAGAAUACAGCCUUCAACUCGCGAAGAAGGGCUUCAACGUCAUCCUAGUCUCACGUACACAAUCUAAACUCGAUGCCCUCGCCUCCGAAAUAUCCUCCAAGUAUGCCGGCAUACAGACCAAGGUUCUGGCCAUGGACUUUGUCCGCAACGACGACAUCGAUUACGGCCGUCUCAAGCACCUAGUCAAGGGCCUCGACAUCUCUAUACUUAUAAACAACGUUGGGUUGAGCCAUUCCAUUCCGGUCCCGUUUGUGGAGACACCACACAAGGAGAUGACAGACAUCAUCAUGAUCAAUUGCUUGGGCACACUACGGGUCACGCAGCUCAUUGCUCCAGGCAUGGUCCAGCGCAAGAGGGGGCUGAUUUUGACCAUGGCUUCGUUCGCUGGAGUGCUGCCUACACCGCUGCUAGCUACGUACUCUGGCAGCAAAGCAUUCUUGCAGCACUGGUCGACGGCUUUGGGCUCAGAGCUUGCCCCGUCAGGAGUGAGGGUCCAGCUUGUUACCUCAUACCUCGUUACCACCGCCAUGUCGAAGAUCAGGCGCACAUCAGCCACCAUUCCCAAUCCUAAGCAGUUCGUUGCUGCUGCUCUGAGCAAAAUUGGCCGUAGCGGUGGAUCCCAGGGCAUUGGUUUCACAAGCACUCCUUAUUGGAGCCAUGGUCUGAUGCAAUGGGCGCUCGCGACGUUUGUUGGGACCUUGAAUAGGUUCGCUGUGGACCAGAAUCGAGGCAUGCAUGUGGCAAUCAGGAAGAGAGCACUGAACAAGGCGGAGAGAGACGCCAAGAAGGGGCAGUAAAGUCUGGACGCAUGCCCAGGUCGGUCGCACAAAUCCUAUUGCAAGAUUAACCCAAAAUGGAAAUCAGGGCUUCGUGUGAAAAGCGCAGGGCUAUUGGAUGCCCUUUGGUCUUCAAGCGGGUUCUAGGCAGGCGGCUGGGUAGCUGCCUCUGGGCUGCUAGAAUAUUGCAGAAUAUCGCAGAAUAUCG